AUGAGUGAAGGCGUAGUGUGGCUGGUGGGCGCAGGUCCGGGCGACCCGGAGCUUAUCAGCGUGAAGGGGCUGCGCCUUAUCCAGUCCGCCGACGCCAUAGUGUAUGACAGGCUGGCGGACGGUAGGCUUCUUGAUCAUGCGCGCGAUGACUCGAUCUUGACCGAUGUAGGCAAGAUACCCGGCAGACGAGUGAACCGACAGGAAGACAUCAACAGGCUGCUUGUGGAGCUAGGCAUAGCGGGCAAGAGCGUUGUGCGUCUCAAAGGCGGCGACCCGUUUGUGUUCGGGCGUGGCGGCGAGGAGGCGGAGGCGCUGGUGGAUGCCGGGGUUCGCUUUGAGGUAGUGCCGGGCAUCACAUCGGCGAUCGCAGCUCCGGCGUAUGCGGGCAUUCCACUGACGCAUCGCAAGCUCGCAUCGUCUUUCACGGUCGUAACCGGCAGCGAAGACCCAACCAAGCCGGACACAUCUGUCGAUUGGGAGGCGCUGGCGAAGAGCAGCGAUACUCUAGCGGUGCUGAUGGGUCAGAGCAACCUGCGUGUCAUAGCGGAUGCGCUUGUGCGCUAUGGACGCGGACCUCAAACGCCUGUCGCGCUUGUGCAGUGGGGAACCGAGCCAUAUCAACGCACACUGGUAGGCACGCUUUCGGACAUCGCCGACAGAGCAGCCGCCGCUGGCAUUGGCGCGCCCGCCGUGACGAUUGUCGGCGAUGUAGUAGGACUGCGCGAUGCAAUACGAUGGUUCGACAAUCGACCACUCUUUGGCAAGCGAGUGCUGGUUACGCGCACGCGCACGCAGGCAAGCGCGUUAUCAGAUAUGCUGACGCAACAGGGCGCACAGCCAGUCGAGUUGCCGACAAUCGAGAUUCAGCCACUUGACGACUACGCCGAACUUGACGGAGCGCUGAAAAACGCAGGUACAUACGACUGGGUUGUCUUCAGCAGCGCCAACGCCGUAAAUAUCUUCUUCGAGCGAAUGCAGGCGCUUGACCUAGACCCCAGAGCGCUGUACGGCGUUCAAAUUGCCGCAAUCGGUCCCGCGACAAAGAGCCGCCUGCUUGCGUACAACAUCAUUGCCGACUUCAUUCCGACAGCCUUUGUCGCAGAAUCGGCAGUUGCCGAACUCAAUGCGCUCGGUAUGGACGGCAAGCGCGUGCUGCUGCCCCAAGCCGAGAUCGCUCGGGAUCUGAUGCGCGCCGGACUUGCUGAACGUGGCGCGAGCGUUCACGCCAUCGCAGUGUAUCGAACAGUGACACCGCCUGAUACAGCAGAGCGACUACAAGAGAUUAUCUCAGGCGGCAUCGACAUCGCCACUUUCACAAGCUCAUCCACGGUCAGCAACCUUGUUGAACUGCUGGGCGGGAACACGGAUGCCCUGAAAGAUGCUACGAUUGCGUGUAUAGGCCCCAUAACGGCGGAACGCGCAGCUGAUCUAGGCUUGAAGGUUGACAUAGUGGCGGCGGAACACACCAUCGCGGGACUUAUUGAAGCGGUCGAAUCCCACUUCGAGGAGGAUGUGAAGGAUGAGUAG